AACUAAUUUAGCGUUAUCGUGAACGGACGAAAGCGGUAGUUGCUGAGGCACAGGCUUGGCUUAUGAAGUCAACCCAUACAGAGGCAGAGUAGAUCAGAAAAAUGAGCGUCUGCGCUUGCUUUUAUUUAAAUAUAUGAUUUCUAGGAUGAAUAGAUGGACAUUCCGGAUGUUAAGGUUAGCUGGUUAUCUAGUUAUCUAGCUAGUUAAGGUGCAGUCGACUCGUCCUUGCCUUGACAUCCAGUGUUGUUUCUCAGCUACGCCGACAUUAAUAUCACCGGAACAAACAAACACAAAAAAGACAUUAAAUAACACACAAACAUGAGGCUUUUAAUACUAAGCUCGAGCUGGUGAUGAUGUCUCUUUGCAGAGGUCAGCGAGAGGCCUGAGUCAUGAACUCGGUCACGCCCAGCGCCGCCCAGUACGCGAGGGGCGGAGCUCUUCACAACGACCUGGUGGAUGGGAGGAGACUCCCGCCCCCUUCCUCGCAGCAGGUCCUGGAGGCGAGGGGGCAUUUCGGGAACGGGUCGCUCGCUGACGGGGCGGGAGAGCCCGAUGAGGUGGACAAGCUGAAGCUGAAGCUGAUGUCGGCGUGGAACAACGUCAAAUACGGCUGGUCAGUGAAAAGCAAAACCUUCUUCAACAAAACAUCGCCGCUGUUCCUGAUGGGACAGGCCUACUUACUGGACAGUGAAGAGGAAGUGGCGCGUUUCCGGCUGGCGUUCGGCUCACGAGUCUGGCUCACCUACAGGAAGGAGUUUCCUCAGCUGGAGGGCUCGAACCUGACGUCGGACUGCGGCUGGGGCUGCAUGCUGCGCAGCGGACAGAUGCUGCUGGCUCAGGGGCUCAUGCUCCAUCUUCUGCCUCGAAACUGGAGAUGGCCGGACUGUCCUCAGCUGGCGGAUGUGGAUUUCGAGGUGCUAAGACCUCGCUCUCCGUCUCGACCGGUCAGUAUCUCCAUCCCGUCCUUCAGCUCUACAUGGGGUACGUCAGCACCUGAGAAACGCCUGUCCUCUACGAGCGAGGUCCCGAAACGUGAGUCGAGACGUGACACACAGACCGAGAUCCUCCACCGCAGGCUGGUGUCGUGGUUCGGGGAUGAGCCGAUGGCGCCGUUCGGGGUUCACCGGCUGGUCGAUCUGGGCAAGGAGUCUGGGAAGAAGGCUGGAGACUGGUACGGGCCCUCACUCGUCGCACACAUCCUGCGGAAAGCUGUGGACAGAAGCACAGAGCUGGACAAUCUGGUCGUGUACGUGGCUCAGGACUGCACAGUGUAUAAAGGGGACGUGAUGCGGCUGUGUGACUCCGGCAGUUCCGGCUGGAAGUCUGUCAUCAUCCUGGUCCCGGUGCGACUGGGAGGAGAUUCACUAAACCCCUCCUACACCGAAUGCGUCAAGAAUCUUCUGAAGUUGGACUGCUGUAUCGGGAUCAUCGGCGGGAAACCCAAACAUUCGCUGUUUUUCCUCGGCUAUCACGAUGAGCAGCUGCUGUAUUUAGACCCACACUACUGUCAGCCGGUGGUAGACUUAACACACAGAGAUUUCCCGCUGGAGUCCUAUCACUGUAACUCUCCCAGGAAGAUGAACUUCAGUCGUAUGGAUCCGAGCUGCACUCUGGGUUUUUAUGCUCACAGUAAGAAGGAUUUUGAGGCACUGUGUUCAGCUGUUAGUGAGGCUUUGUCUGUGUCUAAGGAGCGCUACCCCUUCUUCACAUUUGUGGAGGGCAGAGGGCAGGACUACAGUCUGGAGGGGUACAGCGGAGGCAGCUCUGACCCCAGUGACCACAUCCUGCCCCCUGACACCGUGAACAGAAGCAGCGCCGAGGGCUUUGUGUUUCUGUGACGACUCGCUCAGCUGCAGCGGAUACUAGCUUCUAUACUCAGACUGACACCAGAGCACGAUGGAGCACACUGUGUGUGUGUGUGUGUGUGUGUGUGUGUGUGUGUGUGUGUGUGUGUGUGUGUGUGUGUUUGGAGAACAUAGAAAAUUGAAUAGAUGUCUUGAAGAUUUUUUAUUUUAUGCACAGCCACUCACUACAAUUUAACUCUCUCUCUGCCUCUCUCUCUCUGCCUUCCUCUCUCUCUCUUUCUCUCCCUGUCUCUCUUUCUUUCUCUCCCUGUUUCUCUGUCUCUCUCUCUCUUUUCUCACUCUUUCUCUUCCUGUCUCUGUCUUUCUCUCUCUCUCUGCCUGUCUCUCUCUCUCCUCCUCUCUAUCUUUCUGUCUCUCUCUUGCUCUUUCUGUCUCUCUAUCCCUGUCUGUGUCUCUAUCCCUGUCUGUCUCUCUCUCUCUCUCUCUUGUUUUGUUUUUAAUAUGUUAAAUCUGCACUGUUGGUUGUCUCUAUGAAGUAAAACGGGUUGCUCGUGUAGUGUGAUGGUGAGAACAAGCUGCUGCUGCUGCUGCUGCGGUCAUCAUCGUGUCUGGAACUCUGACCUGCUCCUCUCUCCAUCCCCGUCACUCACUCCGGUCUGACUACUGAUGAAUAUCAGAGCCGGUGUGGAUCAGACUUGGCGUCCUCGUGCAAGAAUCCUCUUUUCUGAAUCUCGAAUGUAAAUAGUGCUACUGAUCAUUCCUACUGGACUUUAUUCGUAUUUCAUGGUGAAAUCACAGGACUAUUGUCUGAUGAAAUGAAACACGACACUGGAUUAUUUUAUUUUUUAAACGCUGGGGUAAACACAUGUCUGUAUUCGAUGUUGUUGAAUGCCGUUAAAUGUGGAAAUGUUUGAGCGGAUGUCGUUGUUACUGUCGUUUAAUUUAUGAAUUUGUUUUGUUUUAUUAUGGUGUUGCCUGAGAAUACAGCUACUGAAGUGCACCUUCGAUGCUUCUGAAACCUGAGUGACUUCCUGUUCGAGUUUUGGUUUCUAAAAUGUUUUAAUCCUGACUAAUGCUCCAAGAUAUCAGUAUUGCAAGAUUUUCCUCAUGACACAUUUUCCCCCAGUGACUGACUGGAUGUCAGACUCUAUUUUGCUACCUUAUUUUAUUCCCCACAUUAUUAUUAUCAUUAUUAUUAAAAACUUUAACUAAUUUGUGUAUGACA